AUGCUUCCGCCGCUCCCGUCCCUUGCGGACUACGGCAUCUCCCCCGUCACAGGCUUCCUCCCUCAAGAACCGCCGCUGCAGAGUCUCCCAGAUCCCUACUAUGCAAAAUGGGAGUCGAUCGCCGCCAACCUCCAGGCGCUGCUGCUCAGCCAUCGGUUGCGCCCUACAAUUGACGCCAUGCCAAUCCUGUCGACGGCGAAGCUGAAAACAGAACCAGAGUGGCGAAGAGCUUAUGUUUUGCUGGUGUUCAUGCUGCAUGCCUAUAUCUGGGGUGGUGAUUCUCCUGCUGAGAUAAUCCCCCAAUCCAUCUCAAUUCCCCUCCUCAAAAUCUCCGCUCAUCACGAACUUCCCCCCAUUGCCACAUACUCCGGCGUGUGCCUCUGGAACUACAGGCCUAUUUUCCCCGACGAACCCGCCGACAACAUCGAAAACAUCACCUCACUUUUCACCUUCACCGGCUCCCUCGACGAGCAAUGGUUCUACCUAGUCUCCAUCGCCAUGGAAUCCCAUGGCGCCUCUACCAUCCCCUUGAUGCUCAACGCUAUCGCUGCCGCCCGCCAAAAUAACACCCCUGUAGUUAUAGACUGCCUACGGACCUUCGCGCAACGAAUCCACGAGAUCUCAGACAUCCUCCAGCGCAUGUACGAGAACUGCGACCCGCACGUCUUCUACCACCGCGUCCGCCCUUUUCUCGCCGGCAGCCGGAACAUGAGCGACGCCGGUCUGCCUGAUGGCAUCAUCUACGACGACGGAACCGGCUCGCAGACCCGGCACUACUACAGCGGCGGCUCCAACGCCCAGAGCUCCCUGAUCCAAUUCUUCGACAUAGUCCUGAACAUCGAGCACCGGCCCACCGGCGAGCGGAAGCACAGCGAGAAGCCCGAGCUCUCCCCGCCACCACCGGACGAUGGCAACAGCAGCCCUACCCCCUCGACUAAACGACACAACUUCAUCCUGGAGAUGCGCUCGUAUAUGCCGGGCCCACAUCGGCGCUUCCUCGAGCACGUCGCCAGCGUCGCCAACAUCCGCGACUACAUCCUGAAGCACCGCGCGGACACCGCGCUCUGCGCCGCAUACGACUCCUGCCUCGCCGUCCUGCGCGGCAUGCGCGACAAGCACAUCCAGAUGGUCUCGCGGUACAUCAUCAUCAAGGCCCGCGAGGCGCGCGCACAUGAGGACAAGUCGACCAGCCCCCGUGCGGCGCCUGCUGCGCCGGGAAAGUCGCACGCGGUCAACCUUGCUCGUCCCGUUGCGGCGGCGGCGGCGAAUGGGGUUGGUGCUGAUGUCACGCCAGCGUCUGGGAGCGGAAGCAAGGGUCUCAGAGGGACCGGUGGGACGUCGCUGAUCCCUUUUCUCAAACAGGCGCGGGAUGAGACGGGCGAGUCGGCGGUGGGGUUGCUGGUGGACGAGUUGGCGAAGAAAGGCCCGGCAAGGGUGCCGAGGCCGUAGGUAGCCGGACGAAGCUUGUUGGUGGGGUUCGUGAGAAAUGGAGGAUGACUGAGAGCAAGGUGGGCAAAGGAGCUGUUUUUUUUAUUUUCUUUUUCUGGAUUCGAAUGAGUUUUGUAUAUGAUGAGCUCUUGUUCUUAUGAUUUGGGCUUGCAUUUUUCUUUUGUCACUUUUUCUGCGAUUUUUCUGAUAUAAUGGAUUAGACGUCACGCUCGUCCUAUGUAUGCUACAUCCAUCAUCCUCUUCUCUCAUCUUUUUCCUGUGCGUGGAUGUUUUGGGGAUCUUUUCGCAACGCAUUGAACUCUUGUUGUAUAUACUCUGGCGUACAUAGACUAUCUCUCCUCCAUCCUAUUUCUUUGUUGACGGGUUGGAGCUGUGUCUAUUUUUCACUUCAUGCAGCGUAUACAUCAUUCCUCCCAUUGCGGAGAAUAGAAUAUAUUUAUAUUUUAUAUU